AUGUCCGGCUCGCUGUCCAAGCCGCUGUGGGUGGUGCCCAGCGGCAGCAGCGUCAAGCUGCGCUGCCUCGCCACCGGAGUGCCCACGCCCUCCGUCGUCUGGCUCCACGACGGAGGGCGCCUCCACGGCGGGGAGGAGCGGCGCCUCGGGGCCUUCCGGCUGAGGAUCAAGGACUGGACGCUCGUGCUGGACAGCGUGGUGCCCUCUGACGCGGGCAACUACAGCUGUGUGGUCAGCAACCAGCACGGCUCCAUCCAGCACUCGUACCAGCUCGUCGUCAUCGAGCGUGGCCAGCCCCAGCGGCCGUCGCUGCAGGACGGCCUCCCGGCGAACGUGACGGCGGCGGAGGGGAGCGACGUGGAGCUCCGCUGCGUCGUCCUGCAGAGCGCUGGCGGCAGCAGUCAGCAGCAGCUGCACCACCACGUGCAGUGGCUCAAGCACGUAGAGGUGAAUGGCAGCCUCGAAGCACCCAAUGGCUCACCCUACGUGCACGUCCUCACGACGGUGGGCGUGGAGGUGACGGACGACUCGGGCCGCUACACCUGCCUGGCGGGCAACGCCGCGGGAUUCGCUCACCGCUCUGCAUGGCUCCUCGUCGUGCCGCAAGAGACGCCGGCUGUGGACACCGCCCUGGCUGCUCCCGUGAGAGUGGGCGGCGGUUCUUGCGCCGCCGCCCUCCUGCUGCUGAUCACCAUCGGUGCUGUCACCGGCCUCACGCGGAGGAGGAGAGGGUCGACGAGCGGAGAGGGGGAGAUGCAGGUGCUGUCUGCGCUGAGCGGCGUGGAGCUGUCGGGGGUGACGGGGCCGUGCGACCGCUGGGAGUUCCCUCGGGAACGGCUGACUCUGGGUGAGCAGCUGGGUGAGGGUUGUUUUGGCCGCGUGCUGCUGGCCGAGGCGCUGGGCAUGGAGCCGUCACGGCCUCAUCGCAGCGUCCGCGUCGCCGUCAAGAUGCUGAAGGCGCACGCCACGGAAGCGGAGACCCACGACCUCCACGCGGAGCUGGAGACCCUCAAGAAGAUGGGACGGCACAGCCACCUGGUGAACCUGCUGGGCGCAUGCACACGGGGCGGCCCCCUGCUCGUGAUCGUUGAGUUUGCGGCCAAGGGGAAUCUGCGCGACUUCCUGCGUGCACACCGCACGCCCGGCGCAGAGUGCAGUGGUGGCGACGAGGUGAAGGGCGAAACGCUCUCCAUGCUGCAGCUGGUGGCCUUCGCCUGCCAGGUGGCACGCGGCAUGGAGUACCUCACCUCUAAGAAGUGCGUUCACCGGGACCUGGCGGCCAGGAACGUCCUCGUCGUUGACGGCGGAGUUGGUGGCGGCUAUUCGGUGAAAAUCGCCGAUCUGGGCCUCACCCGCGACGUGGGCGGCGAACGUGACUACUACUACCAGCACAAGACUGCUGCCGGACGCCUGCCGGUGAAGUGGAUGGCACCGGAGGCGUUGCUGCACCGCGUCUACACACAGCGGAGCGACGUGUGGUCCUACGGGGUGCUGCUGUGGGAGAUCUUCACCCUGGGGGGCUCUCCGUACCCGGGCGUCCCCGUGGAAAAGCUUUUCAAGCUGCUCGGUGACGGCUACCGCAUGGAGCGGCCUGCCCUCUGCUCCGACGAGCUACACGCGACGAUGAGCGAGUGCUGGGCGACCGUCCCCAGCGACAGACCGACGUUCGCGCGGCUGGCGGACGACUUGGGGCGGAUCCUCGUGGCCAACGGGGGCCGCCGUGACGAGGUGACCGCUGCCCCGUCCGGGAGGGGGGACGACACGGGCCACGGGGCAGAGAGAGAGAUGGAGACGUGGGGGUCGUCAGGCCCCCAGCCGCCGCCGCCGAAGGAGGAAGGCUCGAGGGUUAGAAGCCCAACCUCGUCGCCGGGCGGUGAUGGCGGCGUGCCCCCGCCCGGGGCAGACGAGGGGGAGCCGUGGCGGGGCGUGGAGUAA